UUCACGAUAACGCCGACAGGUGGUGUGUGUGCUGCAUGCAUAAGACGAAAAUACACACUGUACCCUGCUAUAUUAGCCACCAAGGAGCUUCUUAACUCUAGCAAAAUAAAUUUUGCCAUUAAUUUUGAGAGAAGAAAAAUGACAGUCUGUACAGAGAAUUGAUGAGAGCAUCCCCUGUGCAAAGCCCGCAACGGCUGGGUUGUUUGGUUUCUGUCCGUCUUUGAAUUAAAACGAGGUGUUGCUGAAGCGGUACUUUUUGCUUGGGGACCAGAGCAGUUCAGCACUUACAGAAGUUCCAGAAAAUGUUGAAGAAAUGAUAGCAGCGCAGGAUUUGCACGCAGAGUUUCAGUUUACUCAAGAGACAGAAUCACAGUUGUCUUCAGAUGCUGACUUUGAGGAUCCAGAUGGGAAAAAUACAAAGGCAGGAAAGGGAAUGGGAGCGAGGAGGGGGAAAAAGGCCCUGGGAGACAAGACCAAAGGUGGGGGACCAGGCAAGGUCUCUGGGCUUGGCUGGGUGAAUGGCCACCAUCAGGAGAAUGGGAUGGAGAAUAUGACCCUAUUUGAGGUGGUUAAAAUGGGGAAGAGCGCCACACAGUCUGUUGUUGAUGACUGGAUUGAAGCCUAUAAACAACACAGGGAUAUUGCUCUUUUGGACUUAAUCAACUUCUUCAUUCAGUGCUCUGGCUGUAAAGGCGCUGUGAGUGGAGAGAUGUUCAGACAUAUGCAAAACUCAGAAAUCAUCCGAAAGAUGACAGAGGAGUUUGAUGAGGACAGCGGUGACUAUCCAUUAACACUCUCAGGACCACAGUGGAAGAAAUUCAGGAUAAACUUCUGUGACUUCAUUGCAGUCCUUGUACGACAAUGUCAGUACAGCAUCAUUUACGACGAAUAUAUGAUGGACACCGUCAUCUCACUUCUCACCGGCCUGUCUGACUCACAGGUCAGGGCCUUCAGACACACAAGCACACUAGCAGCCAUGAAGUUGAUGACAGCCUUGGUAAAUGUUGCUCUGAACCUCAGCAUCAACAUGGACAACACACAGAGACAGUAUGAGGCGGAAAGGAACAAAGUUAUUGCUAAAAGGGCCAAUGACCGGUUGGAACUCCUAUUACAAAAACGGAAAGAGCUUCAAGAAAAUCAAGAUGAAAUUGAAAACAUGAUGAAUGCCAUUUUCAAGGGAGUGUUUGUUCACAGAUAUCGAGAUGCAAUUGCAGAAAUCCGAGCAAUUUGUAUUGAGGAGAUUGGAGUGUGGAUGAAGCUGUACAGCGACGCCUUCCUCAAUGACAGUUACUUGAAGUAUGUAGGCUGGACAAUGCAUGACAAGCAAGGAGAGGUGCGUCUGAAGUGCCUGACUGCUCUGCAAGGCCUGUACUACAAUAGAGAUCUCGGCUCACGACUGGAGCUCUUCACAAGUCGCUUCAAGGAUCGCAUUGUGUCCAUGACCCUGGACAAGGAAUAUGACGUUGCAGUGCAAGCCAUUAAACUCCUGACUCUUGUCUUGCAGAGUAGUGAUGAGGUUUUAACAGCAGAGGACUGUGAGAGUGUGUAUCAUCUGGUUUACUCGGCACACCGACCCAUCGCUGUUUCAGCAGGAGAAUUUCUCUUUAAGAAGCUCUUCAGCCAUCGAGGUCCCGAGGAGGAGGGCUUACCCAGGAGGGGCCGACAGAGCCUAAAUGGCAGCCUCAUAAAGACUACAGUCUUCUUCUUCUUGGAGAGUGAGCUCCAUGAACAUGGAGCCUACUUGGUGGAUAGCUUGUGGGAGUGCGCCUCAGAGCUGUUGAAGGACUGGGAGACCAUGAUCAGCUUGUUGCUGGAUGAGCCCAUGCCAGGAGAGGAAGCCCUGAAUGAUCGGCAGGAGACAGCUCUAGUUGAGAUCAUGCUCUGUGCCAUUCGGCAGGCUUGUGAAUGUCACCCACCUGUAGGCAGAGGCACAGGAAAGAGGGUCCUGACUGCAAAGGAAAAGAAAACACAGCUGGAUGAUCGGACACGGAUCACAGAGAUGUUUGCAGUUGCACUUCCUCUGUUAUUAGCAAAGUACUGUGUGGAUAUUGAUAAGGUGACCAAUCUGUUACAAAUACCAAAGUACUUUGAUCUUGACAUCUACACUACUGGCCGGUUAGAAAAGCAUUUGGAUGCAUUGCUGCGACAAAUCUGGGAGGUUGUAGAUAAGCACACAGACACUGAAGUCUUGGAGGCCUGUUCUACUACCUACCACUAUCUUAGCAACGAGGAGUUCACUAUCUUCAACCGUGUGGACAUCGCCCGAUCGCAACUUCUCGAUGAGCUGGUAGAUAAGUUCAACAGACUCCUGGAGGACUUGCUGCAAGAGGGUGAAGAACCAGAUGAGGAUGAUGCCUAUCAAGUUCUGUCAACACUUAAGAAGAUCAGCGCUUUCCACAAUGCACAUGAUCUCUCAAAGUGGGAUCUUUUCACCAGCAACUACCAGCUACUCAGCACAGGCCUGCAGAAUGGGGACAUGCCUGAACAGAUUGUGAUUCAUGCAAUGCAGUGCACACAUUACAUCAUCCUAUGGCAUCUUGCAAAGGUUUCAGAUGGCAGUUCGAUAAAGGGCGAUAUGGUGACACUGAGAAAGCAAAUGAGAGCUUUCUGUUUAAUAUGUCAACGUUACAUAAAUGGCAUCAACACAACAGUCAAAGAGCAGGCUUUCACCAUACUGUGUGAUUUGCUACUGAUCUUCAGUCACCAGAUUAUGUCAUCUGGCCGAGAACAGCUGGAGUGUUUGGUCUAUACACCAGACUCCUCUCUGCAGGCAGAGCUGCUCAACUUCAUCCUGGAUCAAGUUUUUAUUGAUCAGGAUGAUGACAACAGCACAGAUGGACAACAGGAUGAUGAGGCCAGUAAAAUUGAGGCCCUGCACAAGCGAAGAAACCUCCUUGCUGCCUAUUGCAAAUUAAUCAUUUACAAUGUUGUUGAAAUAGACACUGGAGCAGAUAUAUUUAAACAGUACAUGAGAUAUUACAAUGACUAUGGAGAUAUUAUCAAGGAAACAAUGAGCAAAACAAGACAAAUCGACAAAAUACAAUGUGCAAAGACGCUCAUAUUGAGCUUACAAAAGUUAUUCAAUGAGAUGUUGUCUGAACUUGGCUUCAGUUUCGACCGCUCAUCAUCAGCCUUCUGUGGCAUAAAAGAGCUGGCUCGACGUUUCUCACUGACUUUUGGUUUGGAUCAGCUGAAGACGAGGGAGGCUAUUGCCAUGUUACAUAAGGAUGGAAUUGAAUUUGCAUUUAAGGAGCCUAGUCCUCAAGGUGAAGGGGGACCCCCACUUAAUCUGCCGUUCUUGGAUAUCCUGAGUGAGUUCUCAAGCAAACUAAUUCGACAGGACAAGAGGACAGUUCACAUGUACUUGGAGCGAUUCAUGACAUUUCAGAUGGCUCUCCAGAGAGAGGACUGCUGGCUGCCCCUCAUCUCAUACAGAAAUUCCCUGCAGGCUGGAGGGGAUGAUGACACCAUGUCGGUCAUCAGUGGGAUCAGCAGUCGAGGGUCCACUGUCAGAAGUAAAAAGUCCAAACCAGCUGCUGCUAGCAAAAGAAAAUUACCCGAAGAGGAGAACAGCUGCAGCAGCAGUGAUGCAGCUUGGGUAAACCGUGAGCAGAGUGUUCUGACACCACUGAUGAUGCAUUCACCUCAAAUCACGUCCACUGUACUGAGGGAUCCAAAGAAGAUGAGGCCAGAGGACAGCUACGUAGCUGCAUUCAGCAUGCCGACAGAGCAGCAUCCUCAUCAGCCUGUGCCUCCCCAACAGCAGCCACACCAUCAACACCAGGCGUCCAUAGACUACAAUACCCAGGUUACUUGGAUGUUAACACAGAGGCAACAGGCUGAAGCCCGUCAGCACCAAGAGCGGGUUAGCAUGCACUACGCUAAGAUGAGGAGCCACAUGCAGCAAGCAAUCCGGCGAGGUUCUGGAUUAAUGGAGGAUGACGAGGAGCCGAUAGUGGAGGAUGUGAUGAUGUCAUCAGAGGACCGCUUAGAGGACAUCAAUGAGGGCAUGGAUUUUGGCACGAUGGACAUUGAUUUGCCGGCAUCUAAGAACCGCAGAGAAAGGACCGAACUAAAGCCAGACUACUUUGAUCCUUCUUCUAUCAUGGAUGAUUCGGUCCUCAAUGUUUCAAUGUUCUAAUAUGAAUUGGAUAAAAGGAAAAUUGGUCAUCAAAGUCCUUGGAAAACAAAGUGACCGUUCUCUGUGAAAAUCAGGAUGGAGUGAAAUGAACUACUUCAAAAGACUUGUGAGACACCAACGUUUGCCUCUUCAACACUUUUGUUAAUAUUUAGAGGAAGAACUUGAGCUUGAAUUUGAUUCUGCUAUUUUCACACACUGGACUUAAGUCAGACUGCAGAAGAGACUAUACUUUUUUGUUAAAUUGCCCUAAAUGCAACUUGGUUGUCAACUUUCACGGGGCUGGACCUGUUGGAGUCGAUGCUUGAAGCUGUUUGGGUUAAUGUAAGAGCCAGUGCAGACACUGCAUGGCAGUUUCAUUGUCAAGGGGCUAAAAUUCAGAUUGGUAUUAUCUACCUUUAAACCUUUUCAUUCAGUGGAUUCAAAAUUCUCUGAUGUAAAUACGUAGUGGCCAACAUACAAGAGGGUGAAAAUCAUUUAAUAAAAAUCCUAAGAUAGAAUUUGAAAAGCCUUAGAAAAAAAUACUACUUUCGUGAUCCUUGUUGUAUGCGGUUGUUAUUUAAGACUAUAAUGAUACUGCACUUUGUAACAGAGGUCGUUAAUCAAUUCAGUUGUAAUUUUACAGCCAUACUUCAAGAAAUAGUUAUAAACUGAAAUCGAUGUCUCUGAUGCAAUCUAAACUGAAACUAAAAGUAAGGUUUCAUAAAAGCAGCAGUUAUUACACGGCUACUACAUGUUGUAAAGGGGGCCAGUGAUAUUAUGUUCACUUGCUGUACUCGUAAACAGUAGAUUUUGGCAUGGCAUGUAGCCAUAUAUUGAAAUAUAUACACAGUAAAGUAUAAUGUGAACCGGCGCGUAAUACUGUUAAAAAGGCCUUGCCAUAAAUGGUAAAUGAAUUUCUGAGAUUUCUUUGUGAUGGUAUUUUUUAGAAAUGUGUUCUGCUUUUAUACCUUAUAGAUAAGUUUGAUUUAUAGAUAUUUUGUAAUGACAAUCAAAUGUAAAUGAAUGGUUUCUAAUCAUGUUAUUUCACAUAGAUACUAAAAUAAUUCUUUUUAAUAGAAAUGGAAUGGUGUUACUGUAGAUGCACCCAGCUGUUUCUAUUUUCUUUUCUUCUGUCACUGACUAAUGGGUGCAAAGCUAAAUAAUUGCUUAAAUGUAGUUGUAUGACAAAAUGGUGGCUGCAUCAAAAAUAUUUUUAAUAUAGGAAACAUUCACAAGGCCAUUCAUGAAAUCUUAACCCAACUUUAAACAUGUAAUCUCUUUUAUAUCUUGAUUUUUUUUCCAUUUUAUAAUAACUAAUAUCUAAAACGCCACAAUUGCAUUUUUAUUUAUAGAAAGCAUUUAAAAAUUAUUAAGUUGUGUGGCAUUUUUUUGUUUUAUUUUUUGUUUUGUAUGUUUUUUUGUUUGUUUGUUUUUUCCAGUCUGCAGUUUUGCUGAUGUUUUUGGUUUACCACUGUUACAUAUAUGAAAUAUAGAAUUACACUAAAUUACAAAGUUUGAGACUUCUUUAGUCGACUAUGACAGUAUCAAAACUGUAUAUUAUGUUAUUACAAAGCUGUAAUAUAUUGUGAAUUGGUGCUUAUUUUUCUUUUGCAGUUUCUUUAUGUGUGAAUUUUUGGUAGUGGUUUAAGAAAAAGAAUGUUACUCUGACAUUAACCCACUAAUUUGCAAGUAUGCAUCCACUGUUCUGUUUCUCAGUGGAUUGUUGUGAUGAUUCUCUUUCUUUGUGUAUCGGCCUGGUUGGCAGAAUCUGACUUUAUGAAAGAUGGUAUGUUCAUAUUGUAGUUAAAAACAAGUCCUUAAUUACUUUAGAAUGACACCAUAAACCAGAGAAGCAGAUUGUGUAGUGUUGAAGUUAGGCGAAUGAGAGUAGUAAUCUUAGAAAUGCCUGUAAAUUCACAUGAAUUUUGUCAUUAUGGAUCUUUUCUUUUUUGCAUUGAACUGCUGAAAUGUGCAUACAUCUGUAUCUUUAUACAUAUUUAAAUAUUUGCAUAUAUUAAAUUUGUGUUUUUAUUCUAUUUACAAAGUGCCCAUUGCAUCCUUUAAUAUUUGUAUUUAUGUCUGGAGAUGUAACAGAAUCAAAAUAAAACCUCUAAAACUGUG